AUGUCGUCAAAUGAAGAGCUACUGUACUGUGAUUCCGCAGACAUCCACAGGGUGUCGCUGCUCGGCGAGGGCACGUUUGGCCAGGUGUACCGAAGUGAGCACAGCCGGUUGGGUUUGGUGGCUGAGAGGGUCGUCCCCAAUCUACCGUCAGAACAGGAGGAGAGAUUUCGAGAGGCCGCAGAGCACCUAUACCGGCUCCGCUGCGACAACGCCACUCGGCUGUACGGACUAGUACUGCACCCGGACAAAUACAGCCUCUUGAUGGAAUAUGCACAGUUUGGGACUGUCGAGGAGCUAAUGAAGGUGAAACCGCCCUGGCCUGUGCGAGCCAAGGUCAUGAGAGAGGUAGCCACCGGGCUGAAGUACCUACAUGCGCAUCACGUGGUGCACGGAAACCUGUCACGUCAUAAUGUCGUCAUCUCCUCCGACUUAGUGGCUAAGGUUACAGACUUCGGUCUGAGAGAAUGGCGGGUUCUAGCCUCCAACGGGUACGAUGGGGAUAUGAGACCCUCUGCAGUCACACCACUGGUGGACACUGACCAAUACGCUCCGCCGGAAACCUUCACGAAGUCUGCGAGCGAGGCUCUCACGUGCAGCUUUGAUAUCUACAGUUACGGUAUCCUGUCCUGGGAGGUGAUCACAUGUGAGCAGGCUUGGAAAGGGUGGAGCCCGUCAGAGCUCCGCAGCGCGGUGCAGAAGGGCCACCGGCCGGUCCUGAGGGCAGGGCGGACCGAACAGUUCCCCGCGGCGUGCCCGCUCACCAUGAGGAACAUCACUACAGAGGCAUGGAGGCAGCAUCCAGCCGACAGGCCUGCCAUGUCAGGUAUCUGGUUUUACUGUACAAGUCUGUGGUGAUUGUAUUCUU